AUGGGCACUGCAGCAGCUUCUUACUAUGUGUUUCUGUUUCUCACUCUCUUCGCUACCUUGCAGAGUCCAAUUCUAGCUGCAAAAAAGUCUUAUGUGGUUUACUUGGGGAGACAUUCCCAUGUUUCUGAACCUUCUUCCUUGGAUCUGGACAGGGUAACCGAUUCCCAUCAUGAACUUCUGGGUUCUUGCAUGCAGAGUAAGGAGAAGGCGAAAGAAGCCAUAUUCUACUCCUACACUCGUUAUUUCAAUGGUUUUGCAGCAAUACUUGAAGAUGAAGAAGCAGCUGAAAUUUCAAAGCAUCCAAAAGUUUUAUCUGUUUUUCGGAACCAAAUAAGCAAAUUACACACGACAAAUUCAUGGGACUUUCUUGGACUGGAAAGAGAUGGAGAGAUUUCAGCUGAUUCUAUGUGGCUAAAGGCCAAAUUUGGUGAAGGCGUAAUUAUUGGAACUCUUGAUUUUGGUGUUUGGCCUGAAUCGGAAAGCUUCAAUGAUGAAGGGAUGGGACCUGUUCCUUCUAAAUGGAAAGGGUACUGUGAUACAAACGAUGGGGUUAAAUGCAACAGGAAACUGAUCGGAGCAAGAUACUUUAGCAAAGGCUACGAAGCUGAAGUUGGCCACCCACUUAAUUCUUCAUACCACACCGCGCGAGAUUACAAUGGCCACGGAACCCACACUCUCUCCACUGCAGGAGGUCGUUUUGUUUCUGGGGCAAACUUGCUUGGCUCAGCUUAUGGAACAGCGAAAGGUGGUUCUCCCAACUCAAGAGUUGCUUCAUACAAGGUUUGCUGGCCAGACUGUCUGGAUGCUGAUGUAUUGGCUGGCUAUGAGGCUGCUAUACAUGAUGGUGUAGAUAUCCUCUCUGUUUCACUUGGAUUUGUUCCAAACGAGUACUUCAAAGAUAGAACUGCAAUAGGAGCAUUUCAUGCCGUCGAGAAUGGGAUUCUCGUGGUUGCCGCAGCAGGAAAUGAAGGACCUGCUCCUGGUGCAGUUGUAAAUGUAGCUCCAUGGAUUCUUACAGUUGGUGCUAGCACCAUCAGUAGGGAAUUUCCAUCUAAUGCCAUCCUUGGCAAUCACAAACGAUACAAGGGCCUCAGUAUUAAUACCAAUACCCAACCAGCUGGGAAGUUCUACCCCUUGAUCAAUUCGGUGGAUGUUAAAGCAGCCAACGUCUCCAGUCAUUUAGCAAAACAUUGUCUCGUCGGAUCCCUUGACCCAGUAAAAGUAAAAGGAAAGAUUGUAUAUUGUACUCGUGACGAGGUCUUUGAUGGAGAAAAGAGUUUGGUCGUUGCUCAAUCUGGUGGCGUGGGGAUGAUACUUGCUGACCAAUUUAUGUUUAGUGUAGUUGAUCCUAUUGCGCACUUCGUUCCUACUUCAGUUGUCUCUGCAGUCGAUGGACUUUCCAUUUUAUCUUAUAUCUAUAGUACAAAGACACCGGUAGCUUAUAUAAGUGGUGCCACAGAAGUGGGAACAGUGGCUGCACCUACCAUGGCCAAUUUUUCAUCUCCUGGGCCUAAUCCGAUCACUCCAGAGAUCCUCAAGCCCGACAUCACUGCACCUGGGGUGAAUAUUCUUGCUGCUUACACAGAGGCUUCAGGGCCAUUUCAUAUAGCAGGAGACCAGCGCCAAGUACUAUUUAAUAUUAUGUCAGGGACUUCAAUUUCAUGCCCCCAUGUUUCUGGAAUUGCUGGUCUUCUCAAAGCUAUUCACCCUGAUUGGAGUCCUGCUGCUAUAAAAUCUGCAAUCAUGACAACCGCAACAACGAUCAGCAAUGCCAGAGAGCCUAUUGCCAAUGCUUCUCUUAUCGAGGCAAACCCCUUGAAUUAUGGUGCAGGGCAUAUCUGGCCUAGCCGAGCAAUGGAACCAGGCUUGGUCUAUGACUUAACAACUAGAGAUUAUGUGGAUUUUCUAUGUUCCAUUGGCUAUAACUCAACCCAGCUGUCCCUUUUUAUUGGUGAGCCAUACAUAUGCCAGUCGCACAACAACAGUAGUCUGGUUGAUUUCAACUAUCCAUCCAUUACUGUCCCGAAUCUCUCAGGCAAGAUCACGUUGUCUCGAACUUUGAAGAACGUGGGGACUCCGAGCUCGUAUAGAGUUCAUAUCAAAGCACCUAGAGGAAUAUCUGUGAAGGUCGAGCCAAGAAGUUUGAGGUUCGAUAAGAAACAUGAAGAGAAAAUGUUUGAGGUAACUGUGGAGGCUAAGAAAGGGUUUAAGAAUGAUGACUAUGUGUUCGGAGGGAUUACCUGGUCCGAUGGAAAACACCAUGUAAGGAGUCCUAUUGUGAUAAAGAAGGCAGCCUCAUAAACAACCUAACCUGUUCAAUGCAUGGGCUAGUAGUAACCCUUUAAAGCCUUCUGCUCGAAGCCAUGAAAAUUGACAGAACAGGAGACGUGGGAAAUUAAACCUUCGAGGAUGAGUUUUAAAUUCUUGUGAACUGUUGUAUGGUUAAUUGGUGAAAAAAAACAACCAUUAUCACAUAUUUCUUCACCAUUAUCACAAUAGCUUUAUAAUUUCCUUGCGC